AUGGGAACCUUAAUGCAAGAUGAUAUGAAGUCUGUUGCAAAUAAAUAUUGGAAAGCAAUAGAAAUCAUAGGCUUAUCAGUAUUCAAUAGACUUCGAAAUCCAUUAAUACAUUCCAAUAUCAUUUAUCAAUUGACGAACAAUGCUAAGACACAAAAUAAGGCACUAGCAGACGUGCACUUCUUCACAACAAGAAUAAUCCAAGAAAGAAGAAAUUUCUUAAAAGAUAAUAAUAUAAAUACUUUUGGUGACAGCAAAGAUUAUGGAAAGAAAGGCAAUGUGGCAAUGUUGGAUUUACUCCUUCAGAAUCAAAAAAUAGGAAAAAUAGAUGACGCCGGUGUUAAAGAGGAAGUUGAUACCUUUAUGUUCGAGGGACAUGACACAACGGCGCAAGCAAUAAUUUACUUGCUAAUGUUGAUAGCAAAUGAGACUACAGCUCAAAACAAGAUUUAUGAAGAAAUGAAAUAUAUAUUUGGUGAUUCACAACGGACACCAACGAUGGAGGAUCUACUCAAUAUGAAAUAUUUAGAAUGCUGCAUAAAAGAAAGUUUACGGCUUUACCCAAGCGUACCAAUAAUUAUGAGAUAUUUAAAAGAUGAAGCAACUUUAGGUGAUUAUGUUUUACCUUCAAAUACGCACAUCCACAUACCAAUAUAUGAUUUGCAUCGUCGCGAAGAUAUCUAUCCAGAGCCUGAAAGUUUUAUCCCUGAAAGAUUUCUUCCUGAAAAUAUUGCAAAACGACACCCUUACGCCUAUAUACCCUUUAGUGCUGGACCCAGAAACUGCAUAGGACAAAAAUUUGCCAUGUUAGAAAUGAAAACACUCGUAUCCAGUUUGUUGAGGCGAUUUCGACUGGAAGCUGUGACUAAGCCGAGUGAUCUAAUAUUUCGAACUGAUAUUAUAUUACGUACAGAUAGAAAUCCGAUAUAUGUAAAAUUUCAUAAAAGAGAA